UAUCACACACAAAAAACACAUAAUCUGUAAAACUAAGUACAAAAUUAUUAAAAGUGUUUGCCUGGUAACCAGCAGUUGUUUGUGGGAGAUUUAAAACGUUUCUGUAACUCAAGUCCAUCCCUAGGACUAGCAUUUCAAUAUUUACUUAUUUAAAGGUAGGCCUAGACUAAUCAUGGGUCAUGUGACAACUUUCACAGUUGAGACAAAGCACGACAUACAAGAUCAUGACGUUUACAUACACAAAAAUAUUAUAUUUCAAUUAUACAGCGCCAGGCAUCUCUGUGGAAAAAAACCCAACAACAAUAAUGAGCAAAACACAUGCACGUGCAGAUUGCUGAUUUCAUGGUGGACUAUGACUUGCACAGAGUUAAUAAUUAACUGCACAUUAUAAAAACGUCUCACAGACAACGGCCUCCAGCAAACCCAUCUCAGGUGUCCAUGAUGAUGAAGAUUUCUCUGUCUGCGCUGCUGCUGCUGCUCUGCUCUCUGUGUGGGGCACACAGCCUGGCUGAGGGUGGAGAUGAUGUCUCAGAGUCCAAUAACUACCAGCGUCCUCCACACAGCCUGGCUGAGGGCGGAGAUGUGCAGGUGUCCAGCAGCCUGCAGCAGGAUGGUGGAGCAGUAGAGGGAAACAUGAGAUAUGGCGACAACUCCUGCCAACUAUUCAUUGGUCUGAGGGAUGAAGUCCGUGAACUAAGAGAGACUGUGUCCACCCUCUGGAGCCAACUACAAGAACAAAAGAGGAAAGAACAAGUAGCGUUUGGUGCCUCACUGGGUCCUUAUGGACAACAGGGUCCAUAUAACACUGAGAUUACUCUGGUUUAUAAGGAUGUGUUUGUCAACGCUGGAAAUGCGUACAACCCAACAACAGGUAUCUUCACUGCACCAGUGAGAGGUGUCUACUACUUCAGCUUCUCUGGUCACCAUAGCUCAUCCAGAUCCAUGGGACUCAGACUAUUCAAGAACGGCCAACAAAUGGUGACGGUGUACAACCAUGCUGCAGGUAACCGCCCAGAGACUGCAACAAAUGGAAUGACCCUACAGCUAGAGACGGGCGACCACGUGUAUAUGCGGCUUAGGGCAAACACAUGGCUUUUUGAUAAUGAAAAUGACCACAGCACUUUCAUUGGCCAUUUACUGUUUCCACUGUAAGAUGAUGUUCUGUCUGUCCUAGUGCAGCUAGCACACUCAACACAACACAGGUUACAUUGCUAAAUAAGGUAAAAGAGCAAUGAGAUGGAAAUGUCAAUGCUUUGAUAGGACACACACACACACACACAAACACACGCACAUAUGAGCUAUUGAAGGUUUCCUCACUCACAAUUAUGACCUAACAUAAAAGAGUAUGUAUUUGUACGUUCAGU